UUUGAACCCCAACCUGGUUGCCAUGGUAGCGGGCAGUUUGGAUGACACGGUUGACCGAGCGAACCUUCUUCUUAUCGUGUUCGAUGGCGUGACCGGGAAGGUUGUUUACACAAACACCCACAAGAAAGCAUCUGGUCCUGUACAUAUUGUGCAUUCAGAAAACUGGAUUAUUUAUUCUUACUGGAACACCAAAGCUAGAAGAACCGAGUUAACUUCAAUUGAGUUAUAUGAAGGCAAGAGUCAACACAACAAAACAACUUUUUCAUCGUUUCAUCUACAAGCAAACCCCAUGGUGAUGCAGCAAUCGUAUAUAUUUCCUACAGGUAUAUCAUGCAUGGGGGUCUCACACACCGACAAAGCAAUCACUGCUCGACAAAUAUUGUUUGGUUUGAAACGAGGAGCAUUGUUCGGGUUGCCACGACGAUUCUUCGAUCCUCGUCGCCCACUAGUGCUGGAGGAAAGUCACAGAGAGGAAGGGCUUAUACAGUACAUGCCGGAGAUCCCGAUUCCCCCGGAGUUAUUCGUGUCGUACAAUCUUAGUGUUGAGAAGAUCAACGGGAUCUAUAGUUCCCCUGCUGCUCUUGAAUCAACAAGUCUCGUGUUUGUUACAGGAAUCGACAUUUUCUUCACGAGGAUACAACCUUCCAAGAUGUUUGACGUACUGAAGGAAGAUUUCGAUCACAUGUUUAUUUCCAUCGUUUUAAUCGGGAUGUUUGUCGCCGCCCUAGUGGCUCGGAGAAUGUCGCAAAUCAAACAAUUAAAGAAAUCAUGGAGAUGAUAAUUUAUUGGUUGUGUAGCAAUGUUUUCAAUGUUAUUGUCGCGGCACGAGAUUAAACCCAUUUCAAUAAACUGCCGUAAACCAAGGAGAAUAAAA